AUGAUAGUUUAAAUUCAAGAGUAAGAUAUUAACACAGUUUAAUACCUUAGUGGUAAGUUUAUUUUAAAUAAUGUAACACUUCUUAAUUGUGUAGAUACAAACUUCUCUAUUGAGGUUAAGUCGGCUAAAUUAUCUCAAAUUGCUUUAGAUUAUAUUGAAGUUUCAUAAACUAUUUUUAGUAUUUAAGCUGAAUAAAUAAAUUUGGAUUAUUUUAAUAUCACAAAUACCAAGCCAUUUCCAAAUGGAGCUGAUAAUAAUGAAAUAUCAAUCCUUAAUAUAAAUUAACAAAGCAUAGGAGGAUAUGCUCAUAUUUCUUAAUCAAAAUUCAUAAAUUUCACAAUAUAAAACAAUAAUCCUUUGAUAUUAUUAAAUGAACUCUAAAAUAUAGUAUUAGGGAAUGUUUUAAUAAAAAAUGUGAUAAAUACUUAAAAUUAGUUUACUUCUAUUUUUGUAAUUUAAAAUUGUUAUAAUGUAACUAUUAGUGAUAGUUAAUUUAGUAACAAUAUUAAUAGCAAUGGCCCAGGAGGAGUUAUACAUGCUACUGAAAAUAAACUAAUAUCAAAUAAAGCAGUUUAUUCUUCUGGAGGAGCCAUUUAUUUAUAGAAUAAUAAUUUAAUAAUGUAAAACUCUGUGGUUUCCUCUAAUUUAGCUUAGAUAGGUGGUGGAAUAUACUAUACACAAAUUUUUCCAUAAUUUAUUAUUGAUUUAUAAAGUAGUAAUAAAAAUAAUAACACUUUUAAAAAUAAUGUUGGAAUAAUCUUUGGAAAAAAUUUUGGUUCUACUUUAAGGAAAGUGCAUAUCGAUUUAGAUAGUAUAGAAGCACCAAAUACAAUCUUGGAAUAUUUUUAAGAUAAAAACAUACUAAUCAAAUAAUUUAAAAGUGGAAAUUAAAUAAAUUUUAAAAAAAUAUAAUUGUUGGAUGAAGAAGACAAUCCAUUAAAGUUACUAGAUUUUAAUUCAACUCAAUUUAGUUAAUUGAGUAAUGAUGUUUAAUCUUUACUACAAUAAAUUAGUGUUUCAGUAAAUUGUGAAUAAGAAAAUUAGUAAAUAUAAUGUGUUGGUUAGCUUUAAGCAAAAUCGUUUACAAAUGGAGGAUUUAGCUUAGAUGUUUAAAUAUUGUAUAAGCCUAUGUCCAAUAUGACCCUAAAAUUAGUGAGUAAUGUGUUUCCAGAAAUUAAAGAUUCAAAUGGAAAUAUCGUAUUUAUAGGAGGGUAAGUAGAAUAAAAUGUUUAAGUUUUUAUGGAAUAAUGUUCAGUUGGAGAAAUACUUACAUAAUAUGGCAAUUCUAUUGCUUGUGAAUCUUGUCCAGAUGGAAAAUACUCAUUAAUUUAAAAUGAUAGUUAAUGUAAAUUAUGUCUUGAUUCAGCUAUUAGGUGUAUAGGUUCAAACAUUUAUUUAAAAAAUGGAUAUUGGAGAGAAAAUAAUUAAACAGACAAUAUUUUUUAAUGUACUUUUAAUCCAUUAUCCUGUAAACCAGAGCUUUCUACUUCUAAAUUUAACUGUGAUGUAGGUUACAAAGGACCUCUAUGUCAGAGCUGUGAUACAUAUGGUUAGAUAUGGGAAACAAAUUAUUCUGAAAUAUUAAAUCCUGGUUAUUGCUAUAAAUGUUAAGAAAGCUAAGUCAAAAUUAUUGUUUAUAAUUUGACUUUCUUCUUUUUAAUAUUUUGUUAUAUUUUAACAAUCUUAAAAAGAAUUAUUAACUAACUUGAAAUUAAACUCACUGGCUACUUCCUUAAUAGAUUGGAUAUCAUUUAUUUAGGUUCAACUUUAAGUUAGCUAGAUAGACCAUCAAUUUUAUCUAAGAUUCUAACUGAACAUUUAUAAAUAUUAUCUUUAAUAUGCACUUUUACAUUCAAAAUGCCUAGCUCAUUUACUCUUCCAAUAUAGUUUUCAGGAAAUCCUACUAGCUUAACUAGUAAGUCUAUCGAUUGUGUUUUUUCACAUUAUCCAUAAUUAUAACCUUUAUGGCUAUUUUAAUCUCUAUGGUCUUUAUCUCUGCCAAUAGGAAUAUUUUUAAUAUAUAUUCUGAUUGGAUUUGUUUAUUUCGUAUUUAAAGUAAAUAUUUUUUUUAAAUAUUUACGUACUGCAGUUAUAUUUAUUUACUUUUACUUCUUUCCAAUGAUCAUUACUCUAGCAUGCAGAUCGUUUAACUGUAUAACUAUAGGAAAUAAAAAAUAUUUAGAUUUAGACUUAAACGUUGAAUGCUUUGAUAAAGAUUAUCACUUACCUUUUAUAUUUUAUUAUAGCAUUCCAGUAACAUUAUUAUGGGGCCUAAUUAUUCCUCUUAUACUUUUCUAUAAAAUUUAUCAUGCUAAAUAAAAUAAAAAAUCUAUAUUUAUACGAAUAAAGUAUUCUUUCUUAUUUGCAGGUUAUAAAGAGAGAUAUUAUUUCUGGGAAUUUUGGAAAUUAUUUUUCAAAAUGAAAUUGAUUGUAGUAUCCAUCCUGCUUAAACAAAAUAUAUAUUAUAAGGUAGGUGUUUUGAAUAUACUUUUGCUAUUCUAAUUUUAUUUGCUUUUAAAAUCUAAACCUUAUGUUAGAGAAUACUUUAAUAGUUUAUCGCAAAUAUCUACAUUUUUAUAUGCUUUAUCUUUAAAUUUGUGCUUUUUAUAGAUAAUUAGUGAUCAAAAUGAAUAAGAGGAAUAAAUUGCUUGGAUAUUUUUAGUUUUCUUUAUAAAUCUUCUUUUUAUUUUUGUUUUAGUAUUAGGUUUAUUAAGAUUAAAUAUAUCUGUAGAACGAGAGGAGAGAAAUUGUUUUUAAAAUAUAAUAUUUUAAAUAUGCAAUAAACAUCCUUCAUUAUUCGAUAUUAAAAUAUAAAAAAAAGAUAAGAUAAGAUUUCUUUUAAAGAUAAGAGAACUAAAAAAAAAAAUUAGAUAGUUGAUAAGUUAUCAAAAAAAUGUUGAUCCUACAGAAUCAAUUCAAAAACACUUUAAUUAGAAAAACUUACAAAAUUAAAUUCUAUCCCCAAACUCUAUAAAAUUAACUUAAACAAUCUCAUCUGAAUCUGAUGAAAAGUAAAGCAUUUUUAAAAAAUAUAAUUUCAAAAAUAGGAUGAAAAAUAGAUAGCCUUACUAUACUAGAAACACUAAACCCAACUAAAUAUAGCUCAGAGAUCAGGCUUCUUCUAACCUAUCAAGUUUUAGAAACUCAAAUUUUAGCGGUGAUUACAUUAUUGAAACAGAGUCUUCAAUAUAAAAUAAAGAUUUAUUAAAAGUUUAAAAUUGA